GGUGCACCACCUGGGCGUGCACAAGCAACCAGCGCCGCCAGUACCAGUACCAGCACCUACCUACUGCUACCGUAUACCUGCUGCACCUACUACACCUGCACCUGCACCAGCUGUCUGUGAGGUGGCUCCGUCUCCGUCGCCCGUCCAGUCCGUCUUGGUUUUGUCGUCUGGCCGAAAUCCCUCCCUCCCUUCUAUCAUCAUCACCAUCUCCACCCCUGCGAUUCCUCCUCGCACCCAAACCCUCCUCCUAUUCCCAGGCUUCCACUUCAUCUGCUCUUUCAUUAGAAGCAGAGAGGUUAGAGGAGACGACACGGGUUCAGCUCCAGCUCGUCAACAGCAUUGCGUUUUUUUCUCUCCCCCUCCUCCCGCUCUGCUUUGCUGCUCACCCCACUGCCCGACGAACCGGUGCUGCUACUGCUGCUGUGUAUUUUAUUUAAUACGCCUUCUUGGCUGUCUGUUUGCUCCAUCGCCCUCAUUCUUCGCCAACCGCAGGGCGGUACUUGCUUUUCCCCCUCUCUUCCAUUCAUCCAUCGUCCGCAAGCAUCGCAUGAUUGUCUCGACAUCCUUCCGCCGCCGCCUCCGCUCCUCGAGCCUGUCCUAUCCGUCAACUUGAGCAUCGCCCCUCGCUCGAUCUCGUACCCGGCUCAUCAACCAACAGAGCCAGGCACAGGUAGCUUCUACAAAGCUUCAACAUGGCCGCCCCAAGACGCAGAAAGAUUGGUCACAGAAGACGCAUCGAGGAUGAGGAAGACGGAGAAGGUGGACCCGACCAGCUCGAACUCGAUGAUGACUCUCUGACCGAGGGUUCCAUCAUCAGCGACGACCACGAUCACGGCAACGACAGCGAUACGAGCAACAUCGAUGAGGCUUCUCCCGUUACCCCCAACCCUAGGAAGUCGGCUGGCAAUGGAAAUGCGAAGUCUGGUAGCCGGAAACACUCGGCCCUGGCCCCCUCGACGACCAACAAGGCCGCACCCGAUGCCGAGGAGCUAUCUGGCAAUGACCGGUCCGAGCCCGCUCAACAAGAGGCACAGCUUGACGGAGCCGCAUCUCCCCCAAAGUCUUCUGCCCCUCUCGUCGUGAGCUCCCACUCGUCCCGCCCUGCCGAGCCUGUCAACGAACGUCGUCGCCGGGAACACGAAGAAUACAAGCGGAGAAGGGAUGAAGACCCCGCCUUCGUUCCCAACAGAGGGGCCUUCUUUAUGCACGAUCAUCGUCAUGCCGGACCCUCUGCCAACGGCUUCCGGCCCUUUGGCAGAGGACGAGGACGCGGCGGCCGUGGCGGAGGCAUUGGAGGCCCUUAUGCACCCAUCAAUCAACUGCAUAGUCCGACCGAUCCUCUCACGAGCGGCCAAUGGGCGCAUGAUAUGCACGAGGCCGUGACCGAACCGCCUCCCUCGAGACAGCCAAGGCACCUGCCCGUCGAAACUGAAGGCCCGGCCAACGGCAACGGCUUCAUCCCAACGUGCCCGUCCAACCCCACCCCGAUCAACCGGACUUUGUCGACCGAGCGACACAUUGGAAACGUGCAGGUCAGGGUGUCUCUUCCCGUUAUUGGCAAAGCUCCCGCCGCCUUUGGCAUGCCAGUCAAACAAUACACCAAGCUUCCGGAUCAUCGGCCACCCCUUCGCCGUGACAAGCCUGUCCGUAUCUCCUUGCCCGAUAAUCCGCCCAAGUACAUCUUCCCAGCUGUCGAUCGAUCCUUCAUCUUCAUCCCCCGGGCGAUGCGACCCAACCAACAGCGGACCCGAGGCAAACCCCGUUCUGGACUUGGCUCCAUGGGAGGCUUCUCCCGGCGGACCAGUGUCUUUGGCGGAAGCUACUACGGCAGCGCCUACUCUCCCAGCAUCGCCCUCAGUCGUCGCUCCUCUCUCGCUCCUGAUGGGCGUGACUACUUGUUCUCCCCCACAGGCUCUGUCAUGUCGCGGGCCCCGAUUCCGGUCGAGAACCCCCGACCAGUCGUCCGCCUCCCGCCUGCAGCUCACCCGAAUCAGCCAUUCGUUGGACAGGACGGUUAUCCUAUGCAGCCAAACGAGACAUCUAUCAAUGACUUGCCGCAGCCGCAGACGCACCCGUUGCCACAGAAGCCUGCCUUCCAAGAGAGUCGCCCGAACCCGAUCCCUAUGCACCAGCCUCGUCCUCAAAAGGCCGUCUCGGUCACCAACAUUGAAUCGCCGACCCUCAACCAAGGCCCGCAAGCCUUCCAACAAGCUUUCCAUCAGCAGGUUCCUCUCCAGGUCUCCAACGGCAUGCCGCAGGAAGCCCACUCGCGACAGCCGUCAUACCCCACUCAACACUCUACCGGCACGCCUCUCUCCCAGAUUCCCGAGAGGGCAAUUCACGCGGCUCCGUUCCAGCCAAACACCUUCCAGCAGCAGCAAAAUUUCUACAACCAACCUUAUCCUAUGAUGCAGCCUCAGCAGCCGUACUACUACCCUGGGCAGUACAAUGGCAACAAUAUGGGACCUUCUGCUGCAGCUCCAUCCUUCGUUCCCUCGGGACAGCCAGGUCAAGGCCAAGGGUUCCCUCCUCAAGGCCAGGCAGACCCCGCGGCUGCACAAGCAAACGGCCAAGGACCGUCGGGUCCCAAUUUGGUAGCUCAAGAGGUCAAUGGUAUGGUGUACUACUACGAUGCCACCCAGAUGCCCAACUAUCAGCAGAGCUACCAGCCUCCUCCGCAAUUUGGCCCCGGUGUUAGUGGUAUGGGCGGUAUGGUGACUCCGAGCCCGGACGCCUUUUACUACCAGCAGCCAGCCCCCGGGAUGGUGUACUACUCGCAAUAGGGGUACGGGAAAAUGCCUUCCUAGGUUUUCUCACGCCUCCUAUCGCCUUCCUUCUAAUCCUUGUAAUUGUCAUUGUCGGCUCUCUAGCCGUCGCUAUACCCUCUUCUCGUCGGACGGCCGGACGGGGGCAAAGGGCAGGAGGAAAUCCACAAAAAACUUUGCGGUGUUUGAACUCUAUGAUUAUAGUAUUGAUAGGAAUGAGCGCUCUUGGUCUGGGUUGAAUUGGUACACUGUUGGAGGAUGGGGUUGCGAGGUACUUUCGCUGUCCUUUUGAGGUUUUACUUGACUUCUCCUGGGCCAACGUAUGAUCACAAGCAUAUGUUGGACACAAGGAGGAGAAUUCCUACGGAAUUGGUGGAGAGCGAGCGAGAAGCGGUCGACAGAAAAGGGGGUCCCCCUCCUCCUCCCUGGUUCCUACAACCUCGCUUUGUUCUCGAAUUCAAGAAGUUCCUCACAAUCUGUCUCUACCACAUUCUAUCAUCUUUUCCAGCCUAUUUCCAUCUGUCCACUUCACGUCGCCGCUUUGCGUUUCUGGCGUUUCUGAGUUUUAUCAUUAAAAUCCCCAGGCCUGCUCUUAUUGGAUUUACAGGCGGAUUAUUAUCGGGGAGGCUAUUCGUUGUGUUUCUUGAGCGUCUAUACAUUUUGCUUCUACUCACCUUUUCUUUUUGCUUAUUGAUGUUCGCGACGAUGGCCGAAUUCUUUUACCUAGACAUUCUUCCACACACUCCUUACAAAGUAAACACUCGAGAGCGGGAUCGGCACACAAUACCGAUAACCCUUUCGAUGUCGUUUCGAACUUUUUUUUCUCUUCCUCCUUUUGUUUCUAUUCCGUUCAUGAUCCAAUGAUAGCCUAGAUCUCUUUUCUCCGUUCCCAUCAAGGUAUUUCUUUUCUGGUUAUCUGUUUACGCUACUUGUUGUUUAGGCAGCGCAAUUGUACUUGCUGUUUUUAUCAAGUGUGUAUUGGAAGAGGAGGCCGUGGUGGAAAAGUUCUGACAGUAUCCUGAGUUCGUAUUCGAAGAUGUGAGGGGUAAGGGGAGGGUCGGUGGGCUCAAGAGCUUUCUCAUGGUUUGGUUAGGAGACGAGAUGAGAGAGAAAGGCACAGGGAGAAGGGACCGAAACGCGAAGUGAGAAUGAAAGUGGUGGUGUUAAAUAUUAUACUGAAAAAAGAAGAGGG